UCAGACUGUUGCUGAAGUAGUGGGAGUCGGCUUCUAAAUAAACCCGCGUCUGGAGCGUCGCUUCUUCGCGGUUCGCAUCUGGUUCCCGGUCCCUGGGCCGCGAGACCCUGAGGGACUUUUUCAGGCGGCCUGAGAAAGUCCGGGCGCCCAGGGCAUCCCGAGGUCACCCCGCCCGGCGCCAUGUCCUGGAUGUUCAAGAGGGAUCCUGUUUGGAAGUAUUUGCAGUCUGUCCAAUAUGGAGCCCAUGGAAAUUUUCCAAGACUUUCAUAUCCAACUUUCUUUCCACGUUUUGAGUUCCAAGACGUUAUCCCUCCAGAUGACUUCCUAACUAGUGAUGAAGAGCUGGAUCCCAUUUUAUUUGGAACUUUGAGAGGUCAAGUUGUUGGACUGCGCUAUUACACAGGAGUAGUAAAUAAUAAUGAAAUGGUUUCUUUACAACGAGAGCCUAAUAAUCCAUAUGAUAAGAAUGCAAUUAGAGUAAAUAAUGUGAAUGGAGAUCAGGUUGGCCAUUUAAAGAGAGAUCUUGCAGCUGCCUUGGCCUAUAUCAUGGACAACAAAUUGGCACAAGUGGAAGGGGUAGUUCCUUAUGGUGCAAAUAAUGCUUUUACCAUGCCUCUUCAUAUGACUUUUUGGGGAAAAGAAGAAAAUAGAAAAGUGGUUUUAAAUCAAUUGACAAAACAUGGAUUUAAAUUGGGUCCCACACCAAAAAAUGCAGGAUUGAGUUUGGAGAAUAGUUGGAGCUCUGGAAGAGCUGGACCCAGCCAUAAUACACCAGUUCAUGUUGCAGUACAGAUGACAACUGAACAGCUCAAAAUGGAAUUUGACAAAUUAUUUGAAGAUUUAAAAGAAGAUGGUAAAACUAAUGAAAUGGAGCCAGCUGAGGCUAUUGGAACUCCAUUGCUUCCACACCAAAAACAAGCCCUGGCGUGGAUGAUUUCACGAGAGAACAGCAAAGACCUUCCACCAUUCUGGGAACAGCGAAAUGACUUAUAUUAUAACACAAUAACAAAUUUUUCUGAGAAGGAACGACCGGAAAAUGUCCGUGGAGGAAUUUUAGCUGAUGAUAUGGGUUUGGGCAAAACUCUUACUGCCAUUGCAGUAAUUCUUACCAACUUUGCUGAUGGCAAGCCUCUUCUCAGUAAAAGAAGCAAGAAGAAUCAGCAAAGAAAGGAAUACAAGGAUGAGACUGUCAAACUGGGAAGAAGUAAUACUAACAAAGAGGCAGAUAAACUAAGCACAGAGCCUUCUAGAUGUAGUGAAGAACCUGGCGUUUCAAAUACCCAGGAGAAUAAGAAGUGUCCUAUGUCAGGAUUUUCUAGUUUCUGCCCUAAAAGAAGAAAAAUUGCCGUUCAGUACAUUGAAAGCAGUGAUUCAGAGGAAAUGGAAACUAGUGAACCGCCACAGACAAUGAAAGGCAAGCUGAAAAAUGCACAGUCAGAUACUAAAAGUAGAGUAAAAGGAUCAUCUAAGGUUAAAGAAGAUACAGAAUUUGCCCGUGCACUUACUUCAUCUGCCUCUGCAACAAAGAAGAAAAUGUUGAAAAAGGGGGCAUCUGUGAUGGAGGUCUCAAAGAAAUGUGACACUGGAGAGAGGACAAGAACAACACUGAUCAUCUGUCCACUCUCUGUGCUGAGCAAUUGGAUUGACCAAUUUGGACAACAUAUAAAACCAGAAGUGCACUUGAAUUUUUAUGUUUAUUAUGGUCCUGAUCGUAUUAGAGAUCCAGCCUUGCUUUCAAAACAGGAUAUUGUUUUGACAACUUAUAAUAUUUUAACUCAUGAUUAUGGAACUAAAGAUGAUAGUCCAUUACAUAGCAUAAAAUGGCUAAGAGUGAUCCUGGAUGAAGGACAUGCCAUACGAAAUCCAAAUGCUCAGCAGACAAAAGCUGUACUUGACUUAGAGGCAGAAAGAAGAUGGGUAUUGACAGGUACUCCUAUCCAGAAUUCUUUAAAGGACUUGUGGUCUCUUCUGUCCUUUUUAAAACUUAAACCAUUUAUUGAUAGAGAAUGGUGGCAUAGAACAAUACAGCGUCCUGUUACAAUGGGAGAAGAGGGAGGACUUAGGCGUUUACAGUCCUUAAUUAAAAAUAUCACACUUCGAAGAACAAAGACAAGCAAAAUUAAAGGGAAACCUGUUUUGGAGUUACCAGAAAGGAAAGUAUUUAUUCAGCACAUUACACUUUCAGAAGAAGAGAGAAAGAUUUAUCAGUCUGUUAAAAAUGAAGGCAAAGCUACCAUUGGAAGGUAUUUUACUGAAGGGACUGUCCUUGCACACUAUGCAGAUGUCUUGGGUCUUCUGCUAAGAUUGCGGCAGAUUUGUUGUCAUACUCAUCUUCUUACAAAUGGAAUGUCUUCGAGUGGUCCCUCUGGAAAUGAUACACCUGAAGAACUAAGGAAGAUGUUAAUAAAGAAGAUGAAGUUAAUUUUGAGCUCUGGUUCAGAUGAAGAAUGUGCAAUUUGCCUGGAUUCAUUAACAGUUCCUGUGAUAACACAUUGUGCACAUGUGUUUUGUAAACCUUGUAUCUGCCAGGUCAUUCAGAGUGAACAGCCACAUGCUAAAUGCCCUUUAUGCAGAAACAGUAUACAUGGAGAUAAUUUAUUAGAAUGCCCUCCAGAAGAAUUGGCAUGUGACGGUGAGAAAAAAUCCAAAAUGGAAUGGACAUCCAGUUCAAAGAUUAAUGCUCUAAUGCAUGCUUUGAUUGAAUUACGGACAGAGAACCCCAACAUAAAGAGUUUAGUUGUUUCUCAGUUUACCACAUUCCUGUCUUUAAUAGAAACACCACUUAAAGACUCGGGAUUUGUGUUUACUCGUUUAGAUGGUUCCAUGGCUCAAAAGAAAAGAGUUGAGUCAAUUCAAAGUUUUCAAAACACAGAAGCAGGAUCUCCCACUGUAAUGCUACUGUCCUUAAAAGCAGGUGGAGUUGGCUUGAAUCUUUGUGCAGCUUCUCGGGUGUUCUUAAUGGAUCCAGCCUGGAAUCCUGCUGCAGAAGAUCAGUGCUUUGACAGAUGUCAUAGACUUGGCCAGAAGCAAGAGGUUGUCAUCACAAAAUUCAUUGUAAAGGAUUCUGUCGAAGAAAAUAUGUUGAAAAUACAAAACACAAAAAGAGAACUUGCAGCUGGAGCUUUUGGAACUAAAAAAACAGAUGCUAAUGAAAUGAAACAAGCUAAAAUCAAUGAAAUCAGAACUUUAAUUGAUUUAUAAUUUGUGGGAUUUUUGUAAGGUCAGUUCAAGCAGAUACCUAAGUUUUAUACAUGAAAAAUACAGAUUUAAGAAUGAGAUCUAGAAAAUACUCUAUUUGGCAUAUUUUAUAUUAAUAAAGUGAUAUAACUGAUACAUCUCUUCUA